AUGACAAAACCAAAAGUAUUAAGAUUAGGUAAAAUUGAAUUUGGAAUUGAAAAAUGGAAUGAAAUAAAAAAAAUUGCAGAAGUUAUAGAUUGUGAAUCAAAAGAUAGAGAAGAAUUUUUUAAAGAUUUAAGUAAUAAAUAUUCAGAUAUAACAAAUAUAGCAAGAACUUUUGCAUCAAUUAAACAAACAGGUAGAUUUGAUGAAGAAUUAGCUUCAAAAUUACCUUCAACAGUAGUUAGUGUAAGUCAUACUGGAGCAGGUUAUGAUCAAAUUGAUGUUGAUGCUUUUACUAAAAGAGAUAUACAAGUUUCUAAUGUAACUGUACCUGUUGAAGCUCCUACAGCUGAUACUGCUGCAUGGUUAACUAUAACAUGUUUAAGAAAUUAUCAACUUGGUCAUAAUAAUCUUAUGAACGGUGAUUGGUUAAAAAAAAAAGCAGCAGGUACUCCAUUAGGUCAUUCACCUAAAAGUCAAGUAUUAGGAAUAUUGGGAAUGGGAGGUAUUGGUAGAGCUAUAAGAGAUAGAUUAAAACCUUUUGGAUUUAAAGAUAUAAUUUAUUAUAAUAGAAGUCAAUUACCAGAAGAAUUACAAAAUGGAGCUAAAUAUGUAACAAAAGAUGAAUUAUUCAAACAAGCAGAUGUUAUUUGUAUAAGUAUUCCAUUAAAUAAUGAAACAAGACAUUCAAUAGAUAAAGAAUCAAUAAAUAAAAUGAAAGAUGGAGUUAUAUUAAUAAAUACAGCAAGAGGAGCAGUUAUAAAUGAAGAACAAUUACCAGAAUUACUUAAAUCUGGUAAAAUAGGAGCUCUUGGAGCUGAUGUUUUUGAACAUGAACCAAAAAUUGCUAAAGAAUUAAUUGAAUUACCAAAUGUUGUAAGUUUACCUCAUAUGGGAACUCAUACAUCAGAAGCUAUAAAAGAUAUGGAAGAUUGGGUUGCUGAUAAUGUUGAAACUUGUUUAAAAACUGGUAAAGUUAAAACUAUUGUACCUGAACAAAAAAAUAUGAAAAUAGAUGCUAAACCAUUAGUAUAA